UCAGUCUUCCAGCGGUUACAGUGGGAAGUCGUGUGGGAUGUGAAACUGGCGAGGACACCCAUCGUUUUAAGAUUUAGUACACGCCGUAUCAAAACAUUUUAAAUUUGUCUUCCUCAGCUGAGUACAAGGUCUUGAAGAAUUGAGACCGAGUACGAAGUUAAUGCUUUAAAAGUUUUCAAAAUGAUGCUUGCAGUCGGAGCAAUUUUAGCUGUGUGGGUCCCUGCUCUCGCCCAGGUUCCAGAGUUCAGCGAUGUCUGCAGGGAAGGAAGCUGUUACCCGGCCACCGGUGACUUGCUGAUAGGGAGAGCUCAUCAGCUUUCAGCUACUUCGACCUGCGGACUCUUGAAGCCUGAGCCCUUUUGCAUUGUUAGCCACUUGCAGGAAGAAAAGAAGUGCUUUGUCUGUGAUUCUAAAAAACUGUAUGAUGAAUCUACAAACCACACCACCAGCCAUCGUAUCGAGAAUGUGGUCACAACUUUUGCUCCUAAUCGUUUGAAAACCUGGUGGCAGUCUGAAAAUGGCAUAGAAAAUGUAACCAUCCAGCUGAAUCUGGAGGCGGAAUUUCAUUUCACUCAUCUCAUUAUGACGUUCAAGACAUUUCGUCCUGCUGCAAUGGUGAUUGAACGGUCCUCUGAUUUUGGGAAUACCUGGCAAGUGUAUCGUUAUUUUGCUUAUGACUGCGAGUCAUCUUUCCCAUCUGUCUCACGAGGACCUAUGAAGAAAGUUGAUGAUGUAAUAUGUGACUCUCGAUAUUCAGACAUUGAGCCUUCUACAGAAGGAGAGGUUAUCUUCCGGGUUUUAGAUCCUGCAUUUAGAAUCGAAGAUCCUUACAGCCCCAGAAUCCAAAACAUGUUGAAAAUCACAAACCUAAGGAUCAAGUUUACAAAAGUACAUACGUUAGGAGACAACUUGCUGGACUCCAGAAUGGAAAUUAAAGAGAAGUACUACUAUGCUAUCUAUGACAUGGUUGUGCGUGGGAACUGCUUCUGCUAUGGUCAUGCCAGUGAAUGUGCCCCUGUAGAUGGUAUUGGAGAAGAUGUAGAAGGAAUGGUACAUGGGCAUUGUAUGUGUAAUCACAACACCAAAGGUCUGAAUUGUGAACAAUGCAAAGACUUCUAUCAUGAUUUACCCUGGAGACCAGCUGAAGGACGCAAUACCAAUGCCUGCAAAAAGUGUAACUGCAACCAGCAUUCCAACAUCUGCCAUUUUGAUAUGGCAGUUUACAUGUCCACUGGGAAUGUCAGUGGGGGAGUGUGUGACAAUUGCCAACACAAUACCAUGGGACGCAACUGUGAACAAUGCAAGCCUUUUUAUUUCCAGCAUCCAGAGAGAGACAUUCGUGAUCCUAACAUUUGUGAACAAUGUAAUUGUGACCCCGUUGGUUCUCUCAAUGGUGGAAUAUGCGAUCGACACACUGACGUCUCCUCUGGUCUCAUUGCUGGACAGUGUCGUUGCAAGCCCAACGUAGAGGGGGAACGUUGUGAUCAGUGUAAACAAGGAUACUAUGGAAUAAGUGAUGACCCACUGGGGUGCCAGCCUUGCACGUGCAAUCCUCUGGGAACUGUCCCAGGAGGAAGUCCAUGCAAUGUAGAGACAGGAAACUGCUUCUGCAAACGCUUGGUAACUGGGAGGAACUGUGACCAGUGUCUGGCACAGCACUGGGGAUUGAGCAAUGAUAUGGAUGGAUGUCGCCCAUGUGACUGUGACCAAGGGGGAGCUAUCAAUAACGAUUGUUCUGCAGAAACUGGACAGUGUCAGUGUCGUGAUCACAUGUUUGGACGCCAGUGCAGUGAAGUGGAAUCUGGAUUUUACUUUAUUGCUCUGGACCAUUACACGUAUGAAGCAGAGGAUGCCACCCUAGGGCCAGGAGUGACAAUUGUACAGAGACCCUACCCUCAGGAUCGGACACCUACAUGGACAGGUAUUGGGUUUGUGAGUGUACCAGAGGGAGCCUACCUGGAGUUCUACAUUGACAACAUCCCGCAUUCUAUGGAGUAUGAUAUUCUGAUUCGCUACGAACCUCAGUUACCAGACAAGUGGGAAGAGGUUGUUGUAAGAGUGGAUCGUCCUAGCAUAAUUUCCACUGGGAGCAGAUGUGUGAAUACAGUGCCUGAUGAUGACAACCAAGUGGUGUCACUACCUCCAGGUUCCAGAUAUGUGGUUCUUCCAAGGCCUGUGUGUUUUGAAAGGGGACUGAACUAUACAGUCCGUCUCAGCUUGCCUUUUUACUCCAAUCUGAGCGAGAUCCAGAGUCCAUACACUCUGAUUGAUUCUAUUGUUCUCAUGCCUCACUGUAAAAGCCUUGAAAUUUUCACUGGAGCUUCCGGGGAAGAUGUUAUCACAAACAGUGCAUGGGAAACGUUCCAGAGGUACCGCUGUCUGGAGAACAGCCAGAGUGUAGUGAAAACCCCCAUGACAGACAUCUGCAGGAACUUCAUUUUCAGUAUUUCUGCACUGCUUCACCAAGGAGCCUUGAGCUGUCAGUGUGACCCCCAAGGUUCCUUAAGCACUGUGUGUGAUCCUAAUGGAGGUCAGUGCCAGUGCAGGCCCAAUGUGGUGGGAAGAAACUGUGACCAGUGUGCUCCUGCUACCUAUUUAUUUGGACCAAGUGGCUGUAGACCCUGUGAGUGUAACCCUCAUGGCUCUGUUAACAGUUUCUGCCAUGUGGCAACUGGUCAGUGUGAGUGUAUUCAUGGCACAUAUGGACGUCAGUGUGACAAGUGUCUGCCGGGUUACUGGGGAUUUCCUACUUGCCGCUCCUGUAACUGCAAUGGGCACACAGACCACUGUGACCCUCAGACAGGGGAGUGCUUGGGCUGCAAGGAUCAUACUACUGGACUCAACUGCGAAAGAUGUUUAGAUGGGUACUAUGGAGAUCCAGUCCUGGGCUCAGGGGAUCACUGUCGCCCUUGUCUAUGCCCAGAUGGUCCAGGCAGCGGACGCCAGUUUGCCAGUGCCUGCUAUCAAAGCAGAGAUUCCCUCCAAGUGUUUUGUGUCUGUAACCAGGGAUACAAAGGUGCCAGGUGUGAUGAGUGUUCUCCAGGUUACUAUGGCAAUCCUAAUGAAGUUGGAGGAAUAUGCCGGCCAUGUCAGUGCAAUAACAAUAUUGACAUGCUGGAUCCGGGUUCCUGUGAUGCGCAUACAGGAAUUUGUCUGAAAUGCCUGUACCACACUGAGGGUGAAAACUGUCGUCGCUGCAAGCUUGGAUACUUUGGAGAUGCUCUAACUCAAAGUUGUAGAAAAUGUGUUUGUAACCACCUGGGCACAGCAAAUGAAACUUGUCCUUCAGCUGCCGACUGUCACUGUGAUUUGGCCAGUGGGCAAUGUCAGUGUCUUCCUAAUGUGAUUGGGCAGAAUUGUGACCAAUGUGCUCCCGACACCUGGAAUUUGGCUAGUGGGACAGGUUGUGAACCCUGUGAUUGUGAUGAAACCAAUUCCCUGGGAUCUUCUUGCAAUGAAUGGACAGGUCAGUGUUCCUGCAAUCCUGGAUUUGGAGGAAGAACAUGCCGAGACUGCAAGGAGCUCUACUGGGGUGAUCCCAAUGUUGAGUGCAAAGCUUGCGACUGUGAUGCCAGAGGUAUCCAGACUUUUCAGUGCGACUCAGCCACAGGACAUUGUAUCUGCAAGCAAGGCGUGUCAGGUCCCAGAUGCAACGAGUGUGCCCGAGGGUACUCUGGUGUUUUCCCUGACUGUGUGCAGUGCCAUCAGUGCUUUGAUGUGUGGGACACUGUUAUUAGAGACUUAACCAAUAAAACACACAAACUGAUACAGAGAGCUAACUCAGUUAAAGCAAGUGGAAUAACUGGACCAUACCAGGAGACAAUUAAUGCAGUGGAGCAAAGUGCUUAUAACAUCAAAGAUAUACUUGCUCAGAAUCCAGCAGCCCAGCCACUAAGUGAUCUUCAGGAUCUCCUGGAAAAUGCAAAAAAAGUAAUCAUUGAAGUGACUGAGAAAAUAAACAGCACAGAAGGGACACUUUCAGAAACAUCAGCUAAUAAGAACAGCACUAACUCCAAGUUAGAUGCUCUUAAAGAAGAUGCUCAGAAUUUGGAGAAAUCUGUGAAGGACCUGUUAGGUCAAGUGGAAUUGAUAAAAAAUUCCGAUGUUCGAGGGGCAUCAGACAGUGUCAGCAAGUAUUUCCAGCAGUCUAUGGAUGCUGAAGCGAGGGUAAAUGCAUCCACCACUGACCCUGGCAACACUGUAGAACAAUCAUCUGCAAUCCGCCAACAAGUGGAAGAUAAGAUGAAUGAAACCAGACUUCAAUUUGAUGAAAACCAAGCAGAAUAUUCCAAAAGACUGGAUGAUCUUGCUGGUCAACUAGAAUCCCUAGACCUCACUGAGCUCAGUGAAAAGACUUGUGGACCCUCUGAAGGCACUACUUGCUCUGAGUCACACUGCGGUGGAUUAAGCUGCCAGGGUGAAGAUGGCACCAGGAAGUGUGGAGGCAAGAACUGCGACGGCCUGGUGACUCUGGCAAAUGAUGCCUGGCAAAAAGCUAAAGACUUUGACAGCGAAAUUCUUAAUGCCCUGGAAGAAGUUGACAGGCUAUCUAAGAUGGUAUCUGAGGCUAAACUCAAGGCUGAUGAAGCCAAGCUCAGUGCUCAGGAGGUUCUUCAGAAAACCAACCAAACCAAGCAGAAAGUGGAUCAAAGCAACGAAGAUCUUCGUAAACUUAUCAAGCAGAUACGAGAGUUCUUAAUGCAAGAUGGUGCUGAUCUUGAAAGCAUUGAGGCUGUUGCUAAUGAAGUGUUAGAAAUGCAGAUGCCCACCACACCAGCACAGCUCCAGAAUUUGACAGAUGAAAUUCGUGAGCGAGUGGGGAGCUUGUCUGAUGUAGAGGCCAUUCUAACCCAAAGUUCAGCAGACAUUCAUCGAGCAGAAACACUACUUGAUGAAGCUAAGAAGGCAGGUAAGGAGGCAACAGACAUCAAGAACACUGCAGACAGGGUGAAAAAAGCCCUGGAGGAGGCAGAAAAAGCCCAAACUGCUGUAGCAGAAGCCAUCGAACAAGCUGGCAAAGACAUUCAGGGGACCAAUGACUUCUUGACCUCUGUGGAGUCUGAAACUGCAAACUCAGAAUUCAAAUUGAACAAUGCAACCCAGAGAUUACUUCAGCUGGAAAAAGACAUUGAUGACCUUAAACAAAAAGCACUCACAAACAUUGCUACUGCAGAUGAAAUUGAGAAAUCAACUGAUAAAAUACAAGAGGAUGCCAAUGAAGCCAAAAAGGAACUAGAUAGUGAACUGAAGAAUAAAUACAACGAUGUAGAAGAUUUGAUUGUUAAAAAGACUGAAGGUGUGGCAGAUGCAAGGAAGAGGGCAGAAGAGCUUCAGAAUGAAGCCAAGGAACUGUUAUCACACGCAAGCAGGAAACUUCAGCUUCUAAAAGAUUUAGAGAAAUCUUAUGAAGACAAUCAGAGAACCUUAGAAGAGAAAGCAAAUCAGCUUGUAGACCUGGAGAAGGCAGUGCGGGAUCUUUUGCAAGAAAUCAGCCAGAAGGUUACAGUUUACAGUACAUGCUUGUAAAACAUAAAAAACUACAUAUUUUUUAUCUAUGCUAUGUGUCUGGAUGUGCUCUUCUCAUCUAAUGAAUUUGUAACCCUAUUUUAACAAAGUUUCAUCAUUUUAUAUAGUAAAGUUUUUGUUAAAAAACUUAAUCCCUUUUUUACCCAUUUCUCAUAAAGGAAAAUGUUAAAAUGGUUAAAAUUAUGAUCAGGUUUACAGCAAAAUAAUGAACCAAAUUAAAAAAACAGAACCCACAAGUUGUCACUAUAAAGAUGUACCGAAGUUUGAAACUACAUGGUAAUACUGGUUUUCUGUGUAAACCUACAUUCCAUAUUUAAAAAUAUUUUAAUAUGUGGUAAGUUUCUGCUUUUUGAACAUUAGGUUUGUUUAAAACAAUGCAGUUAUAAAACUGAAAUUUUAAGAACUCAAAAGGAUGCAUGUUCUUUGUAAGAAAUGUCACAAUAUGACACUUUUGAUAAUAUACUAUCAAAGUAGUACUUCACUGGAUGUACUGUACUUGUUGAAAUGAGUCAUGAAAUCAUUACUUUCCUAGACUAACGUGCUCUGAAACAUCUAACUGAAAAAAGUUUUCAUGUCUAACAUAAAUGUAAAAUAUAAUAUCUAUAACAUUCAA